AUGUAUGUCUCCGCCUCGCCAACAUGCCCAGGUAACAAUAUAACCAUCCGGGAUUCAGUAACGGGGCAUGUUCAGUGCCAGAAAUGCCUCGUAUGUCCAGCGGGGCAGGGCCUCUCUGUGGACUGUGGUGAUGUAAUUACACCACAGACAGCCAUAGUUUGUAAGCCGUGUGAACAAGGGAUAACUUAUUCAUCCAAAAGCGAGGCUGGUGCAUGUAAGACUUGUACGAAUUGUGGAGAAUAUCGAGAGACCAUAAAAUCUUGUACUCUGACUUCUAAUGCAGUGUGUGGGAAGAACUGCAAGCUUGGAGCUUACCCGGAAGGUAUGCUCGGCACGUGUAGACCAUGUUCAGCUUGUUGUAACGACGGAAACGAUAUCUUCGAGCCACACUGCCAAGUGCCAAGGGUGCCAAAAAAUAAACAAUGCAGUGAGCUGAGAUCAGAGAAGUGCAGCAAGAAGAUAACUUCUGCAAGAGUCAACACAACGGUGGAGGAGAAUCACCCAGCUUCAUCACCAUCAACCCACACAGGAUUACGAAUGUCCCCCCCGGUUACAAGGCGCGCUGCACAGGAUUCAGCCUCCACAAACGAUGCCUCUCUAUCAAAUGGUGUGAUAAUUGGUGUUGUAGUUGGCGCUGUAUUUGUGGUUUUGAUCCUGCCCACGGUUAUCUAUAUCGUAAAAACAAGGCGCAAAUGGCAACCAUGUGAAAAGGCUGAUGAUAAGGAUCGGGAAAUGCAACAUGCCACGGAGGCCAAAGAAGAAAGUGGUGAAUGUAAUAGAAAAGAAGAGCGUGACGAAGCAGGGUCUCUGGAGCCUUGCAUAGGAGGGGUGGAGGAAACAGGACAACCGGGUUCACAUAGCAGUUCAGGUGAAGUCUUACAAGUAAUAUGUAAGGUCACUAGAUUUACGGUGCCUGAACUAAUUGAAUAA